GAACGAUGCGAUUCCUAUCAGCAGUUGCCCUACUGGGGCUGACGAUCGUCAGCGUCGUUGCCUGCGUCUCCGGCGAGGUAACGAUUACACGUCUGGAAGAUAUCAACUGGGCUGAGGUGCGUCCGGUACAGGAAAGCCCCUUGUUCAAGGCUAAGCGAGCGGCCAGCUUCGUCGAACGGUAUUUGGAACGGGCGGCCCCUGCUCCGGAGCGCACUGGUCGCAUCAACAAUGGUAUCGUCGUCGGUCCGACCGAUGUGCCGUACAUUGUCGGUGUGCUGGUGUCGGUCGAGCAGGGCACGUACUUCUGCGGAGGUGUGCUGGUGUCCCGCACGCACGUCCUUACCUCGGCGACGUGUGUCGAAGGCCAGACGUCCAUUACGGUGCUACUGGGUGCGAGCGAUAUUACGCGCGCGCAGGACUUUGUCGUCGUGAGCCAUGUGCGGGUCCAUCCGGACUACAGUUCCUUCUUCCAGGCGAACGAUCUGGCCAUUUUGACGCUUUCCCGCAUGCCACGAUUUAACGAUCAAAUUCAACUGGCACGUCUUCCCCGCCGUUCACAGGUGGGUGAAUCGUUUACGAACGCUUGGACCACCAUCAGUGGCUGGGGUGAGACGGCUUCCAACACUGGCGAGGCACUGCCAAUGCAGCAGCUUCGUUCGGUGCGCUCGCAGGUGAUCUCCAACUUUAGCUGCACGAUCAGUUUCCCACUCUAUCUGAGAUCUUCCAAUGUUUGCACCUCAUCGGAUGGUGGAGCACCCUGUGUGGGUGAUGAAGGUGGUCCCGUAACGAUCGUGGAGGAGGACGGACAGUCGACCGUGAUCGCCAUUCAUUCGUACACGUACUCGCGGGGAUGCACACGCAGCUGGCCGGCGGUUCAUACGCGCGUCACCGACUAUCUCAACUGGAUUGAGAUCUACACUGGAGCGAGCAUUCUUGUCCAGUAUCACCACGUCGGAGUUCGCUUCAAUCCAAUCCAGAUACUCCGUAAUGCGCGUGUGCACGGUUGGGCGUCCCAUACCGCACCCCAGGAACGAGGUGAACGAGUACAGCCCGAUCAGGAACGUACGUCCCGUUACGACGUCAACCGUGGUCAGUGGACCACCUUCGUCACCCGCACAGGCACUGCCACUGUCGCCCGUGAUGCAGAUAUGUUGAUCGGUAAUGGUGAACGGGAACGAGACGCCACAGUUGAAGUUGCUCAUGACGUGAUUGCGCACCAGGCGCAGAUUGUUGAGAGUACAGACAGGAUGGUAAAGUAUUGUGCACUGGUGCUGCUCGCAACCAGCAGCCUGCUGCUGGUGGCGACUUCGAGUCGCGAGAUCCGCUCGGCGCAGGAUGUCGACUGGAGCAAGGUGAGUCGGUUUUACGACCCCAAGGCGGACGCGGUGCCCGAUCGUCGCAUCAACAAUGGCCAGAUCGCUAGUCCGACCGAUGCUCCGUGGGCAGUUGGGCUGCUCGUGUCGCUUGCGUCCGGUACGAGCUUUUGCGGUGGUGCGCUGAUUUCGCCGACCCACGUCCUAACGGCUGCUUCAUGCGUGAACGGUCAGAGCUCGAUUACGGCGAUGCUGGGUGCGAGCACGAUUGCGACGACGUCCGAUUUUGUGCCGGUGGCGCACGUACGCGUACAUCCGGAUUACAGCUCGUUCCUAGAGCGAGAUGACAUCGCAAUCCUGACCCUGUCGCGUCAGCCCCGCUGGAAUGAUCAAAUCCAAAUCAUCAACCUGCCGCGCCGCAUGUACAUUGGCCACUCGUUCAACAACUACGUCACGACGAUCUCGGGCUGGGGCGAAACCGGCACCAAUACGGGCGAACCGCUGCCGAUGCCGAACCUGCGCUUCAUCCGCAGCCCCGUCAUCACGAACCUGAGCUGCGAGCUGUCCUUCCUGCUGACCAACAUCCGCAGCACGCACAUCUGCACCGCGACCGAUGGUGGGGCACCGUGCGUUGGUGACCAGGGUGCACCGGUUACCGUCACCGAGAACGGGGAAACUUUUCUGAUCGGCAUCCACGUAUUUACGGCUUCGCGCUGCGAGCGGGGCCGUCCUGCCGUCCACGUACGGCUGACCGAGUACAUGAACUGGCUCGAGCUGAACACCGACACGCUGAUCCGACCAAUACGCGCUGCUCUGUUGCUAAUGCGCGCUUUAUUUCGAGGGAAGACGUCGACGACCACAUCACCCAGACGAGACAUCAUGGAGCUAUCCUCGGUAGUUCGUACCAUUUUGGUAGGUUUGUGUGUGAUUGCAGUGGUUGCUGGCAGUCCGGUGCCGGAUGGGCCAGAUCGGCGCAUCAACAACGGGAUAGAGGCAGGCCCUACCGAUGUACCGUGGGCGGCCGGUGUGCUCGUGACGUUCCCCUCCAAUACGUACUUCUGCGGUGGGACCCUGAUCUCGCAGCGCCACAUACUUACCUCAGCGAACUGUGUCAAUGGCUACCGCACCAUCACGGUAAUGCUUGGUGCACACGAUAUGACCACGGUGCAGGAAUUUAUCACCGUCGCCUCCGUACUGGUGCACCCGGACUUUAGCUCGUUCUUCUUCUCGAACGAUCUGGCCAUUCUGACCCUGUCCCGUCCGGCGCCGCUGAGUGACCGGGUACGCGUUGUGCAACUGCCUAGCCGUCUGUACAUUGGCCAUUCGUUUAAUAACUACGAAACGACGAUAGCCGGCUGGGGCCAAACUGGUCAAAGCACGGGCGAGGUGGUCCCGGUUCGUCGUCUGCUGUACUUCCGUGCGCGCGUCAUCACCAACACUAGCUGUCUGAUUAGCUUCCCGCUGUAUCUGAGCUCGCGCAAUGUGUGCACCUCGACCGAGAAUGGUGCAGCUUGCGUGGGUGAUGAGGGUGGUCCAGUGACGGUGACGGAAAAUGGACAAACGAUACUAAUCGCGGUUCAUUCGUAUGGGUUUUCGAUGGGCUGCGAACGCAGCUGGCCGUCGGUCCAUACGCGCGUCACCGAGUACCUCACGUGGAUUGAGAACAACUCGGACGCUGUGGUGAUGUGAAUAAAGAGCAUAAAUAGAG